AUGACUGUCUUUUCUUUUUACAUCUUCGACCGCCACGCGGAAUGUAUCUACAAGCGCCGCUGGCUUCCGCGCCCGACCUCCAUAGGCGGGAAACCCCAGACCCAAGCUGGGCUCGGACAAACAGUACGGGCGAGCGAUGACGAUGCAAAGUUAGUCUUCGGUACGGUGUUUUCGCUGCGCAAUAUGGUGCGCAAGCUUGGAGGCGAGGAAGACAACUUCGUUUCAUACACGACCAAUCAGUACAAGCUGCACUACUACGAAACCCCAACCAAUAUCAAAUUCGUUAUGUUGACGGACCUCAAAAGCCCAAGCAUGCGCAUCGCCCUGCAGCAGAUAUAUAUCAACCUGUUUGUGGAAUACGUGGUCAAAAACCCAUUAUCUCCAGUCGAACACCCCGGCGGCGUAGGUGUGAAUAACGAGUUGUUCGAAGAAUCCCUCGAACAAUUUGUGCAGACUAGUGUUCUAGCGUGA